CUUAUGAGGUCAUUAUUUAUCUUUUGACCUGUAUUUGCUUAAACUGUAGUGUAAAUUCAUUUAUUAAACUAUAAUUAAAAGAUUUUCUGAUUUUCUUAAAAGUCCACCUAUACCCCUCACCUGAUUUUUGUGUAUUCCAGUGUAUUGCACAGCGACGUUUCGAGUUAGAGUGGAUGUGUGUAGGUACUGCAAUUUAAUACACAUUUUCAAUACACACGGCCGGAAGUCAUUGUGAUUGGUAGGCUAUAUAUAUAGGCGGUACCUACAGGAAACGGCGCCACAACUUUCGCGCGCGUGCCCUUUAACAAGUGUAUGUCGACGGCAAUACGAAGACGGAUUAAAAACACAAAGCCAAUCGUACAGGAGAACAUGCGAAGGAGACGCAUUCCUCCACGGGAGGAUGCAGUCUGUCAUGUUUCUGCUGGAAGGGACAAACUGGGACUUGAUAUCCACUACAUAAAUGCCUUCAAAGGUCGGGGCAUUUUCACGACUGUUCCAUUCCAAAAAGGAGACUUUCUUUUGGAAUACAGAGGUAAACUCAUAACAAAAGAAGAAUGUGAGCGGAGACACAGAGUUUAUCAUGACAGCCUGAAGGUGUUCAUGUUUGAAUUCAAGUUUGAUGGAAAACUCUGGUGUGUGGAUGCAUCUCAAGAAGAUGGGUCAUUAGGCAGACUUGUCAACGACAACCACAUCAGUCCAAGUGCUAAGAUGAAAAUAUUAAAUAUCAAUGGAAAGCCCCAUCUAUGCUUAUUUGCAAGCAGAGACAUAAGUCCAGGCGAAGAAAUAGACUAUAAUUAUGGUGACUCGGAUUGGCUCUGGAGAUGCAAGGUAUUUCUACAAUUGUACUUUUUGGAACUGAUAAAUUGCAUACCCUAAGCCAUUUUUACAUUUGUACCUACUCAAAUUGGCUUAACGUGACUUAGGGCAUCUAGUUUUUCACUGAAAUUGAGUAUCACCUACUGUGCCUGGGGUAACUAUAGCAAUGCAGCCGAGCAUCCAGUGAUAUAAAUGCCACAGCAAGCAUGGACGUCAAGGUGACAAAAUGCCUGCUGCUCAGUCUAUACUUUAGUGUUCAAUUCAGGGAUCACGCUGUUAAUUUUGGUCGCUAUUUCAAACAUUUCAGAGUUUCAAAAAUGAUGGCUUGGAUUUUCACGAAGGAGGCGCACUCAUAACUUAUCGAGUGACACCAUUGACCAGCCACCUGGUGGCAUUCAGUCUAUGUCAAAUUUUCUGAUCACUUUGGAUCACUUGGAACCUUGGUGCAGUAGUUACUGAAAAACUACAUGGUACUAUAACCUACUGGAAAAACAGGGGUAGGUACUAAUGGAAAACAGGCAAUUGUGAUGGCUGCCACAUCAAAGCCCUCUAAAAGCACUAAAAAAAUAUCAGCAGGUAUGCAGAAAUAAAAAAUGGCUUUCGG